UAAUCAAAUACAUAAAAAAUGAAGGUGGCAGCCAUACUGUUGGUGCUGCUCUUUGCUUCCGUUGCUAAUUCGUCUCAAAAGGAUGGAAUAUUGCCAAACGGGAACUUCGAGCUAGGUCCAAAACCCUCCCAAAUGAAAGGCACAAAAGUAGUAGACCGUCACGCAAUACCUAAUUGGGAAAUAUCAGGUUACGUUGAGUACAUCAAAUCAGGCCAAACACAAGGCGAUAUGCUCCUUCCAGUGCCACAAGGAGAUUACGCAGUUAGGCUCGGCGAAGACGCAUCUAUUAAGACCAAAGUAAAAGUGACAAAAGGAGUUUUCUAUUCAAUUUCGUUUGUGUUUGCUAGGACUUGCGCGCAAGAGGAGAAAUUAAAUGUGUCCGUUUCGCCUAAUUCUGAGCCGAAUGAUUGGGGAAUGCUGCCGUUGCAGACAAUGUAUAGUUCUGAAGGAUGGGAUUCGUAUUCCUGGGGAUUUUUGGCAGAGGCAGAUGAGAUAGAUGUUGUGAUCCAUAAUCCAGCUGUGGAGAAGGAUCCGGCUUGUGGCCCGCUUAUUGAUUUCGUUGCUCUCAAGGCUUUGAAAACACCCAAAAGACCAAGAGGCAACAUGUUGAAGAAUGGCAACUUUGAGGAAGGCCCAUACAUUUUCCCUAACACAACAUGGGGCGUUCUAAUUCCUCCCAACAUCGAAGACGAUCAUUCUCCGUUACUCGGAUGGAUGAUCGAAUCUCUCAAAGCAGUAAAAUACAUCGACGCUGAACACUUCCACGUGCCCGAGGGCAAACGAGCCGUCGAGCUCGUGGCCGGAAGAGAGAGUGCCAUAGCACAAGUAGUGAGGACAAGACCAGGAAAAAUAUAUGAUUUACUUUUCUCAAUUGGAGAUGCUAGUAAUUCUUGUGAAGGAUCAAUGCUUGUUGAGGCAUUUGCUGGAAAAAUUACUAUGCAAUUCCCUUAUGAAUCUAAAGGCAAAGGUGGAUUCAAAAGGGCUAGGCUUAGGUUCACGGCAAUUUCUCCACGCACAAGAGUGAGGUUCUUGAGCACGUAUUAUCAUAUGAAGAGUGAUAAUUCGGGCUCGUUGUGUGGUCCUGUGGUCGAUGAUGUGAGAUUGGUAGGAGUUCGCAAUCCCCACCUUCCAUAGGUCUUUUUUAAUUAAUUUAAAUAUAAUAUUUAUUGAUUGAGUUUAAGUUUUAUGCAUGACAGAAUACUGUGAUAUUAUUCCUUGUAAUAGUUGAUGUAUGUUUGCUUUUUUGAUUUCAUGUCAUAGAAACAAGAGAGUUA